AACUAGAACCAGAAAUUCCAAAUGGAUUUGCUGACGAACAAGGAGAAGGAGGGAUACCUGGUAUCAAUGUACAAAAUGGGGUUGCGAUACUGGUAAAUGGCGCGGAAGGUGCAGAGAUGGAUGUUGAUAGUAAUAAGCAAGUGAUCGUAGAAAAAGAGAGGGUUACAACCCCUUACAUGACAAAGUACGAAAAAGCACGAAUAUUGGGAACAAGAGCUUUACAAAUAAGUAUGAAUGCUCCAAUUCUCGUUCCACGUGAGAACGAAACGGAUCCUCUUGAGAUAGCUAAAAAAGAGCUUCGAUUUAAAAAAAUUCCUUUGAUGAUACGAAGAUACUUACCGGAUGGAAGUUAUGAAGAUUGGAAUGUCAGAGAAUUGACCAUUCCUGAAGAUGAAGAUUAUAGUAAUACUUAA